UGUGCGAGUGUGUGUGUGUGUGUGUGUGCUCUCUCCCUCUUCCCUUUUUACAGGCAAUCAGAUGAAGGCUGGAGAGAAAGGGAGAAAGACACAGAGCAAGAGUGGAACAUCUCCAUAAAGAGAAAGAAGGAAAUCAAGAUUUUCAAGCAAACCUGGAGAGCAGUUGUCAAUGUUUUUAUAAUAUAUAUAAUUUUUGCUGGAUUUUUUUUUCUUUUCUCCACAUCUGAAGAUAUCCACACGUUUUAUAUAUCCUUUCUUGCUUUUGCACAUUUUUCCAAAGCAGAGGGAUCUGGGGGAUUGGGUAGCUGUUAGCAGGAGCUGUUUGCACAGACGGGUUGUUCAGUAUGUCUCUUGGAAGAAGCAGCAACAGCAAUACGGCUGGCACAACGCUGGCAAAAGCUGGACUCUGGGUUGUGUUGUUGGGCACCCUGUUUGGAAGCUAUGCCAGUGCCUGCCCAGCACUCUGCACUUGCAGUGGCACCACUGUGGAUUGCCACGGACUAGGGAUGAAAGCCGUGCCCAGGAAUAUUCCAAGGAACACUGAGAGGCUGGAGCUGAAUGGAAACAACAUCACACGCAUCAACAAAAAUGAUUUUUCUGGACUGAAAUACCUCAGAGUAUUACAGCUGAUGGAAAACCAGAUUGGCGUGAUUGAACGUGGAGCAUUUGAUGACAUGAAGGAGCUAGAGAGGCUGCGUCUGAAUCGGAAUCAGCUCCACAUGUUCCCAGAGCUGCUGUUCCAGAAGAACGCGGCUCUCUCCCGACUUGACCUGAGUGAGAACUUUAUCCAGGCCAUCCCCAGGAAGGGGUUCCGAGGAGCCACUGAUAUCAAAAACCUGCAGCUGGACAAGAACCAGAUCACCUGCAUUGAGGAUGGAGCCUUCCGGGCGAUGAGAGGGCUGGAGGUCCUGACCCUGAACAACAAUAACAUCAGCAGCAUUCCCGUCUCCAGCUUCAACCACAUGCCCAAGCUUCGAACCUUCCGCCUACAUUCCAACAGUCUGCACUGUGACUGUCACCUGUCCUGGCUUUCUCAGUGGCUGAGGCAGAGACCCACCAUUGGGCUGUUUACCCAAUGUAGCGGCCCGACACAACUGCGUGGUCUCAAUGUGGCCGAGGUCCAGAAACACGAAUUCGCCUGCCCAGCACAUGCACAGUCCCCACAUUCACAGCCCUGUAGCCUGCUGGCCGGAUCCUGUCCAGCCAUGUGCACCUGCAGCAACAACAUUGUGGACUGCAGAGGAAAGGGGCUGACUGCUAUCCCAGCCAACCUGCCCGACAGCAUGGCCGAAAUACGUCUGGAACAGAAUGGGAUUAAGUCGGUCCCACCCGGCACCUUUUCCCCCUACAAGAAGCUGCGCAGAAUAGACCUGAGUAACAACCACAUCUCCGAGAUUGCACCCGAUGCCUUCCAAGGACUGCGCUCUCUCAACUCACUGGUCCUUUAUGGAAAUAAAAUCACAGACCUACCCAAAGGUGUUUUCGAUGGACUGUAUGCCUUGCAGCUAUUGCUGCUGAACGCUAAUAAGAUACACUGUGUUCGUGCUGAUGCCUUCCAGGACCUGCAGAACCUAUCCCUGCUCUCGCUCUACGACAACAAGAUCCAGACUCUGGCCAAGGGGACCUUCGCUGCACUGCGCGCUGUGCAGACUCUGCACCUGGCGCAGAACCCAUUUAUCUGUGACUGUAAUCUGAAGUGGCUGGCAGACUACCUGCGCUCCAACCCCAUCGAGACGAGCGGAGCGCGCUGCGCCAGCCCCCGGCGCCUCGCCAACAAGCGCAUCGGCCAGAUCAAGAGCAAGAAGUUCCGCUGCUCUGCUAAAGAACAGUAUUUCAUCCCAGGACUGCACCACAAUAACUGCACUGAGGACACACGACUCAACAAUGAGUGUAACAGUGACACAGUGUGUCCACCAAAGUGCCGCUGUGAAGCCAACGUGGUGGACUGCUCCAACCUCCGCCUCACCAAGAUCCCAGAGCACAUCCCACAAUCCACUGCUGAGCUACGUCUGAACAACAAUGAGAUUGCAGCUCUGGAGGCAACAGGCAUCUUCAAGACUCUCUCGCAGCUCAAGAAAAUUAACCUGAGUAACAACAAGAUCACAGAGAUCGAGGACGGAGCAUUCGAGGGCGCUAUUGCUGUUAACGAGCUGCACCUGACUGCCAACCAGAUGGACUCGGUGCGGAGCGGCAUGUUCCGUGGGCUGGAGGGGCUGCGUACACUGAUGCUGAGGAACAACCGCCUCCGCUGCGUCCACAACAGCAGCUUCACGGGGCUGCACAACGUGCGUCUUCUCUCACUCUACGAUAACCAGAUCACCACCAUCACCCCCGGGGCCUUCGACACCCUGCAGUCUCUCUCCACACUGAACCUGCUGGCUAACCCCUUCAACUGUGACUGCCGGCUGGCCUGGCUUGGGGACUGGCUGAGGACCAGGAAAAUUGUGACCGGCAACCCGCGCUGCCAGUUCCCCGCUUUCCUCAAGGAGAUCCCCCUGCAGGACGUGGCCUUCUUGGAUUUCCGCUGCGAGGAGGGCCAGGAGGAGGCGAGCUGUGUGCCACGACCCCAGUGCCCCAGCGAGUGUACCUGCCUGGAGACUGUGGUGCGCUGCAGCAACAAGCACCUGCGAGCCCUGCCCAGGGGCAUCCCCAGGAACGUCACCGAGCUGUAUUUGGAUGGAAACCAGUUCAGUAUUGUCCCAAAAGAGCUUUCUUCCUUUAAAUACCUUCAGCUUGUGGAUCUGAGUAACAACAAAAUCAGCUCACUGACGAACUCGUCCUUCACCAACAUGAGCCAGCUCACAACACUGAUCCUGAGCUACAACUCCCUGCGCUGCAUCCCAGUCCUGGCAUUCAGGGGCCUGCACUCUCUCCGUCUGCUGUCUCUCCAUGGCAACGAGGUGUCCGAGCUUCCGGAGGGGAUAUUCAGGGAUGUACCGUCUCUCUCUCACCUGGCAAUCGGAGCAAACCCCCUGUACUGCGACUGUCGCCUGCGCUGGCUGUCUGACUGGGUGAAGACUGGCUACAAAGAGCCAGGGAUCGCACGUUGCACAGGGCCGACUGGCAUGGAGGGCAAACUGCUUCUCACCACGCCAGCCAAGAAGUUUGAGUGCCAGGGUCUGAUAGACCCUGCUGUCCUGGCCAAGUGCAGUCCCUGUACCUCGAACCCGUGCCGUAACGAGGGCACCUGCCAGAGCGACCCCGUGGAGGUUUACAAGUGUACCUGCGCACCAGGAUUCAAGGGGAAGGACUGUGAGACGACCCUAAACGCCUGCAUCAGCAACCCCUGCGCCAAUGAGGGAAUCUGUCAGCCCAGCCCGGGGGAGAGCGGAGGAUACACCUGCACCUGUCCGCAGGGGUUCAAGGGGCCAGCCUGUGAGGUGAAUCUCGACGACUGCGAGGACAACGACUGUGAAACCGGAGCCACCUGCGUGGACGGAGUCAACAACUACACCUGCCUGUGCCCCCCUUACCACACUGGUGACCUGUGUGAGGAGUUGGAAGAUGUCUGCUUUUCUGGAAGGAAUCCGUGUCAGCAAGGCUCUAAGUGUGUGGUCACUGCCUCGGGACCCAAGUGUGAGUGUGCGCCUGGCUUUGUGGGUGACGACUGCAGUGUGAACUAUGAUGACUGCGUGCACCAUCGCUGUCAGAACAUGGCUAGAUGUAUCGAUGAGCUCAAUGGCUACACCUGCCUCUGUGCUGAGGGCUACAGCGGCCAGCUCUGUGAGUUUCCCUCACGCUCCCCCAUUUCCUCCUCUCCCUGUGAACUGGUUGAAUGUCAGAACAGCGCCCCCUGUGUAGAGCGGGGAGGGCGUGCUCUGUGCCAGUGUCUGCCAGGCUUUGGGGGACCACGCUGUGAGAAGCUGGUGAGCGUUAACUUCGUGGACCGAGACUCUUAUCUGCAGCUGAGUGACCUGAAGAACUGGCCCCACGCUAACAUCACUCUGCAGGUCUCCACAGCAGAGGACAAUGGCAUCCUGCUCUAUAACGGGGACAAUGACCAUAUCGCUGUGGAGCUCUACCAGGGUCAUGUCAGGGUCAGUUAUGACCCGGGCAGCCAACCCAGCCACGCCAUCUACAGCACUGAAACAAUUAACGAUGGACAGUUCCACACAGUGGAGCUGGUGACCUUUGACCAGAUGGUGAACCUGUCGAUUGACGGAGGAGCCCCGAUGACCAUGGACAGUUUCGGAAAGCUACACCCCCUGAAUGGAGAGGCACCGCUAUACGUGGGGGGUAGGGGGCCUCUGCAGAUACCUCCUUCUACCGCAGGAAUGCCGGUCGAUGUGAACGCUGCUGCCUUCCGGCUCUGGCAGAUCCAGAACGGCUCCAGCUUCCACGGCUGCAUCCAGAACCUGUACAUCAACAACGAGCUGCAGGACUUCACCAAGACCCAGAUGAAGCCGGGCGUGGUGCCAGGCUGCGAGCCCUGCCGCAAGAUCUACUGCCUUCACGGCAUCUGCCAGCCCAACGGUGACACGGGACCCGUGUGCCACUGCCAGCCGGGCUGGAGUGGAGUGCACUGUGACCAGCCUGCCAGCAACCCCUGCCUGGGCAACAAGUGUGUUCAUGGCACCUGCGUGCCACUCGACAUGCUGUCCUAUCGCUGUGAGUGCAAGGAGGGCUAUCGCGGUGCCCUAUGUAACCAGCAGGUGGAGCUCUUUAACCCCUGCAAUAAACUGCAAUGUAAACACGGGGACUGCCAGAUCUCAGAUUCUGGGGAGGCCUACUGUCACUGUGACAGCGGCUACAGUGGGGAAGUUUGUGACACAGAGUCAGAAUGCCGAGGGGAGCCAGUGAGGGAUUACUACCAGGUGCAGCGCGGCUAUGCCAUCUGCCAGACCACACGCAUGGUGGCGUGGGUAGAGUGCAGCGGGGCGUGUGAGACGGGUGCCUGCUGCAGCAGCCAGCGCAUGAAGCGCAGGAAAUACACCUUCGAGUGCAGCGACGGGACCUCCUUCACAGAGGAAGUGGAGAAGACCAUCAAGUGCGGCUGCACAGAGUGCAUGUAGUGUAGCCUGAGGAGCCAGAAAGUUUAUAUAUAUAUAUAUAUAUAUAUAUAUAUAUAUAUAUAUAUAUAUAUAUAUAUAUAUAUAUAUAUAUAUAUAUAUAUAUAAUAAAAUGGACAGCAAUGUUUGUAAAAUAGGGACAUUACCUCCCUUCCUGGGGAGUUUGAAACAAGAAAACUAAACAAAAACACACACAAAAAAAAAAAACACACAAAAAAAACCAUUGCGUCUACAACAUUUUAUAUAGAGUCAUGGGAAAAUGCAAGUAUCGAUGUGUUUCAUUCAGAAAGACUAUCCUACUGUUACACAUACACAGUCUAGUCCUCUUACCCCUUUAGCCCAUAAAUUGGCCUCUGAGGGGAUGACAAGGUGAUACAAAAAUAUAAAGUAUAAAAAAAUAGCAUCCAAACUUUUUCCAGGUACAAAUCGAAAGCACAGCUGUUUUUUGAACCAUUGAGAUUGACCUCCUAGCCCAGAGUUUUUUGGAAGUUCAGAAACAUGGCUGCCCUACAGUGUAGGGGCUACAUUCAGAGCAUGACCAGCAGGAGCACUGAAGCACGAGCAGAAAAUCAACAAGUAUUUAACACAGAGCAAGGUGGAUCUAAGAGACAAAGAGUGUAGUUUAACGUGGGGUUCUCCAAGGAUUUACAUGCAAACAUACAUACACACAUACAGAGCGGAUGAAUUAUUGUAUUAAGCUGCCCUUUAGGUGCUUCACAACAAAAAGACUCUGUACUCCUGUCUGCUUUUUCCCAGGUUGGCUCUGGCCGAGCGCUUCACUGAACGAGUCGCAUAGCAAGUGCAUUAUUUCAUUAAGUCAAGCCCUCUCCUCAAUCUGAGUGUAACUGGAUCUUUGCCUGCAGUAUUACUUGUGCAAACUAUUGCCUGUGUGGAAGAUUUUACAGAUGAAUAUGUAGAGCUUUUUUUUUUUUUCUAAAACAAAAAAAAAGGUGCAGAAUAUUUGUUUUUAUGAUUUGUUUUUGGUUUAUUUUGUAUUAUUAUUAUUUUUUUUUUUUUAAGGUAACCUAACUCCUUUAGUCCUCUCUUUAUCCAAAAAUGCCUAACAGAUUCUAAUAUAUAUAUAUAUAUAUAUAUAUAUAUAUAUAAUUUGUAUUUCAGUUUGGUAUAGUAUUUUUAUAUGUUAAGAGUAAAUCAGUGUUUUCUGGAAGCUUCUGUAGAAACAGCAAUCUCACAUUGGAUUGGUUCCCUAGGUGUUUUUGUUCGUUCAUUUGUUUUCUCCACUCACUCGAACAAGCCGGUUUGUGAUUGGUAAGCCAGUGGUUGGCCUGGAUCUAAAGGAGGCAGUAUUGUUCUAGGAAAAAUGUUUAAUAUUGUAUAUGUUGUCUUCCAUGUGAAUAUUACAUCGAAUUCAUUCGAA